CUGUGCGGGGGGGCGCGGCAUUAACCCCUCCGUGCCCGGCCGGGGGGGAGGGGCUUUCUCCAGCUGGGACCCGCCCCCGCCCCGGCCCAGAGCUCCCGGCUGCAGAAUGACAUCCAUGUUUCAGUCAACCUCAUCCCAUCCUCCCAUGGAACAUAGGAGAGAAAUGACUGCAGAGGAGUCAGUCCAGGGGCUGGUGACCUUCGAGGAGGUGGCUGUGUAUUUCACCAGGGAAGAGUGGGCUCUGCUGUACCCCGCUCAGAGAGCCCUCUACAGGGAUGUCAUGCAGGAGAACUAUGAGAAUGUGACCUCGCUGGGGUUUCGAGUUUCCCAACCUGAUGUGAUCUCCCAGCUGGAACAAGGGGAAGAGUCAUGGGUCCCAGACCUCCAGGGUUCAGAGGAAAGAGAGAUCCUGAGAGUUCCCUGCACAGCAGGUGAUGCAAUAGUACGUGAGAAAGAGGAGCAGAAUUCUCAGCAGGAAAAUGUUGAGCAGGUGGAUAAACACAGAGAAUUAUCGCAAAGAUCAAAAAAAAAUGUGUCGAAGAGUCAUGAGCAGGGAAAAUCGUGUGAGACUCAGCACACACCAGAAAGAGAGCAGGGAAACCAGCCACGAGAGAAAAUGGGUAAAUUUAUUUCCUGUUGGGGAACUCAGAAGAGCAUCAGGGAAACCACAACACAGCAGGAAAUCCUCAUGGGAAAGAGGGAAAACACAUGCAGUGAGUGUGGGAAAAACUUCACUCGAAGAUCAGCCCUGUCUGUUCAUCAGAGAAUCCACACAGGCGAGAGGCCCUAUGAAUGCAGUGAGUGUGGGAAAUGCUUCACUAGCAGUUCAAACCUUUCUAAACAUCAGAGAAUCCACACAGGAGAGAGGCCAUUUGAAUGCCUUGAGUGUGGAAAAUGCUUCACUAAGAGCUCGGCCGUUUCUGAACAUCAGAGAAUCCACACAAGGGAGAGGCCCUUUGAAUGCAGCGAGUGUGAGAAAAACUUCAGUUGCAGCUCACAUCUUAUUAGGCAUCAGACAGUCCACACAGGGGAGAAGCCCUAUGAAUGCAGUGAGUGCAGGAAAACCUUCAAUCGCAGCUCACAUCUUAUUAGACAUCAGACAGUCCACACAGGCGAGAGGCCCUAUGAAUGCAGUGAGUGUGGGAAAACCUUCAGUUGCAGCUCACAUCUUAUUAGGCAUCAGACAGUCCACACGAAGGAGAGCCCCUAUGAAUGCAGUGAGUGUGAGAAAACCUUCAAUCGCAGCUCGCACCUUAUUAGGCAUCAGACAGUCCACACAGGGGAGAGGCCCUAUGCGUGCUGUGAGUGUGGGAAAACCUUCAGUUGCAGCUCACACCUUAUCAGGCAUCAGAAAAUCCACAUAAGGGAGAGAACCUAUGAAAGCAGUGAGCGUGGGAAAAUCUUAGGGCCCAAAGAAGUUUUGUGAAACCCCACUUCCUAGUUCAGUGUGUCUCAUUACCAUUCCAGUGGAUGCCAGAGUUAGAUUGAGAACAAUCAUCCUUCACCGUUUGGAUCCAAAGAGAGGGCACUUCAUAGGACAUUCCUUCCCCGUGGAUCCCAAACUGGCUGCCUGAGUGGGUAACAAGGACUUCCAGGCUGUAGAAAUGAUAGUAACCAAUGAGACAACAAAUGUGUCAGGCUCCAAUUUCAGACUUCUGGAUACUCACAUGUUGAGUCCUGAUUCUAAGGUUUCGUGUCUGAUGCACUGGCUACACAAUUAAGCUGAUGUUGGUGCAGCUGUAGCACUGCUAUUACAGGUGCUCUCCGCCAAUGGGAG